AUGGGAGGGAAGAAGGAGCGGACCGCCGCCGGGGAUCACACAGUGACCCCAAAGAGUCCCAUUGUCCCCGGCUGGAAGGCACUCCGGCGUGCUUUUGUCAACCCUGGUGUUAAAAAGCCAUGCAAAUACCCGAGCUUUAUUAACAUGACAUGGAGUCGCAGUGCCAAGUGUAAAGAAGCCUUGCUUCAGGCGUGGGGAGCUGGGUCUUUCAGAGAGAAGGGGAGGAGGAGGGGGUGAGGAAAAGGGAGUCAUAAAGUCAUCUGGCAGUUUAUCUCUUCCUGGGCUUGGCUGGUAGUCUGUGAACUGCAGGAGUCAAAGUGAAUUUAUUAGGGAGGUUAAAAAAUAAUCAUGUGUUAGGCCUGUGUGUCCCACUUUAUUAGUGGGGGUCACCCUGCUGUUAGAAAAUUAGGUCCAAACAAAAAGAACAGGCCUUUAUACGGUCAACAUUGAGUGUCAACAUCACAUCAUAUGUACUCAAGUUGUUUUUUUGGUUUGUAGUGAAACUAAAACUCCUUUUUUUCUUUCAGAUUUUCUGAGCCUGAGAAGAAAAUACCACAGGCACCAUUGCCCACACAGACGCUGUCUACCCCUGCACUCCAGAGUUCCCUUUCCCUAAGGUGAGACGUGUGAACUCUUGCAUGUGUGCCAGUGUAAAACAUGGUUGUAAGUUAGGACUGUUUGACAAAACCAGGUCGAAGGGCCCGCAGGUGGCACUUAAGAAGGUGUAUGUGAUUAGUGGCAGAGGUGUGUAUUCACGCAGAACAGGAGUGUGGACAUAAAUCUCACUAACGAUGGAGAAGAAAGCCUUGGUGCCACAGGGAGAGGGAGAGAGGGGGAAUUCCAGCUUUAGUUUGACUUGUGUACAUGGAAAAUUCCUUAAUCUGUUUUUGCAGGAUACUAAUUAAUGUUUUUCCAUUACAGAUUAAAGCACAAGAAUGGAGGUGACCUGAGAAAAGAGAAAACACGCGAAUGA